UUUUCUGAAAUCCUCGAAGGAGCAACGCAACCAGCAAAAAAUCAUUAACAGCACUACAAUGAGUCAGGAGAUACGCAUAGUUUUGGUUGGUAAAACUGGUGUUGGCAAGAGUGCUACAGGAAAUAACAUUCUUGGUGAGAAGAUAUUUGUGUCAGAGUCAAGAGCUACAUCAAUCACUAAACAGUGUGAAUAUGGGUCCCGGAUGAUAAACCGAAGGCAGGUUUGUGUUGUGGACACUCCUGGUCUAUAUGACACAAAACUGUCCAAUGAAGAAAUCUUGAAUGAGAUUGUGAAUUGCUUUAAACUUGUAGCUCCAGGUCCUCAUGUCUUUCUUCUUGUAAUGGCCAUUGGGCGCUUCACUGAAGAAGAGAGAAACACUGUUGACUUGAUUUACACAGUCUUUGGCAGAGAAGUGCUCAGAUACAUGAUGGUCUUGUUCACCAGGGCAGAUGAUCUUGAAGAGAGGACAUUUGAAGAUUACGUUAAGGAUGCACCAGAGCUACAACAUGUCAUAAAGCAAUGCGGAGGGAAUUACCAUUUAUUCAACAAUAGAGAUAUGUCAAACCGUACACAAGUUGAUGAGUUCAUGAGGAAGAUUGUAGUCAUGAUAAAACAGAAUCAUAGCAGCUUCUACAGCCACCACAUGUUUACACUGGCAAAUGAACUUAACAGUGCUAAGACAAACAUGAUGAAAAAGGAAAAACUUAUUGCUAAACUAAAAAGGGAACUAACUGCAUUACAAAGUGAAACAGAAAUCUUAAAACAGCCAUCAGACACCAAUAAGUCAUCUUGCAGCAUACUAUAGCAUACUUAAGCAUGUGAUGUCAGCAUUUUAUACAAUUUUCCAAAAAAGCAUUACAAAUCCACAAGUAAGAAGAUAAAUAUUAAAUCAAUGUUAUAUUUUAACAUUUCAUGUAUCCAUUUUUUAAACAUAUAUGUACACUUUAUUUAUUCUUUUAACUGCCUGAUUGAAAAUGUACAGAUAAUCUGCUUAAGUUACUGAGAAUUUGACUGGGGUUAGAGACAGACUCUGUAUUAUUGCUGUAUUGUUAGUUUAUAACACAUUAACCACUGACCUUUUUAUGUAAGUUUGUUUUGCCAUUUUUAAUUCUGUUAUCUCCAAUUAUAUUUUAGAUUAUUAUUAUUAUUAUUAUUAUUAUUAUUACUAGCUUACUAUAGCUCCAUAUCUCAAAACGUUUCACAUAAAUCCACAAAACACACACACAACAUGUAAAACACGUACAUGCUCAUAUAUGCAACUAAACUGAAUCACUACUGAACUGACUAGGGCUGUAUAAUGACACCACUGACUUGUUAGAGCUUGAUACUGCUGCUGUGAAGCUAUCUAUAUUGUAUAAAGCACAUUAAAAAUAAAGUUAACAGUAUAGUUGUAUGUGUGUGUGUGUGUGUUUAUAUACUGUAUACAGUUUCACUGUAAACUGUAGAUAGAAAUGCAAGGGUUAAAAAUAAUUUCUUUCUCAAAACAUUUGAUUAGUUUGGUUUGAUUAGUAAAUGAACAAAUUAUGUCUAAGUGUUUUCAUACAUGACUGGAUGUAGCUGGAUGUGCUUGUAGUUUUGAAGGCUUGGUGUAAAGAUAAAAUAUAUAAAUGGUUUCAUUUAAUGGGCCUCAAGUACCACUUUGAGUGUUUAAGUCAUUUUAAAAACUGUAUUAGUAUUGUCAUAGCCAGGUAUGAAGUCAUAGCCAAUGAUUUUUUUGAAUAUAAUACACAGUCUUGAGAGGCUUAAUGCUUUUG